AUGGAGAAUGACUCAGAGGUAAAUGAGUUUAUUCUUGAAGGAUUAACAGAUGCACCAAAGCUUCAGGUUCCCCUCUUUAUAAUGUUCACCAUCAUCUACCUCAUCACCCUAGUGGGGAAUCUGGGAAUGGUAGGUCUUAUUUCCUGGGACUCCCAUCUCCAUACUCCCAUGUACUUUUUUCUCAGUAACCUUUCUCUAGUAGACUUUGGCUACUCCUCAGCUGUGACUCCUAAAGUGAUGGCUGGAUUCUUUACAAAGAACAAAGUCAUCUCCUACAAUGGAUGUGCUGCACAGAUGUUUUUCUUCAUGGCCUUUGCUUCAGCAGAAAGCUACCUUCUAGCUGUAAUGGCUUAUGAUCGCCAAGAAGCUGUAUGUAAACCACUCCAUUACACCACCACCAUGACUUCAAGUGUCUGCGCUACUCUGGCCAUUGGUUCCUAUGUCUGUGGAUUCUUGCAAUCUUGCAUCCACACAAGCUGCACCUUCAGCCUGUCUUUCUGUGGUUCCAAUGUGAUUCAUCACUUUUUCUGUGACAUUCCCCCCCUCCUGGCUCUCUCUUGCUCUGAUAUCCAUCUUAAUGAGCUGGUGGUCUUCUUGUUAGGGGGGAUCACUAUCUUUUUUAUCCUCUUGGUCAUCUUAACUUCCUAUCUAUUCAUUUUCAUUACGAUCAUGAGAAUACGCUCAGCUGAAGGCCGGUGGAAAGCCUUCUCUACCUGUGCAUCCCACCUUACAACUGUUUCCAUAUUUUUUGGGACAAUCAUCUUCAUGUACUUACAACCCAGUUCUAGUCAUUCCAUGGACACGGACAAAAUGGCAUCUGUUUUCUACACCAUGGUCAUUCCCAUGUUGAACCCUCUGGUCUAUAGCCUGAGGAAUAAAGAUGUCAAGAGUGCUUUCAGGAAAGCAACUUGUUUGCAAAGAUUUCAUUGA